CACUGGCUCAAAUGGAUAUUGGAUAAUUGUCCCGCAUCUCUGGUUUAUAGAACGGAUGAAUUACUUGAAUGAGUGCACAAGCAUUGAGGCUUGCACUAGAACUGAUAGUCCAGCUGUAAAGGUGAAAAUGAGUGGUGCCCGUCUACUAUACGAGCAUGAUUUUUUUGGGUUUCUCCAAGCAAUAAAAACUUCAUGCAGGGUAAGAAUUACAAAGAUUAAGAAGGAGAAUUCAAGUGAGGAAAGUAAGUUGACAAUAAAAGAACGAGGAGAAUCCGUCUCACUAAUUGACCGCCUUGAAUCACUGCCUUUACAAUGCUAUGAGGGUAGACUCGAUUCUGGAGACAAAACAUACUAUAUAAAAGGCAACCUCACAGAUUCUCAGACUGCAUCUGAUUUCGGAGAAAUCCUUCAGCAAUGUUCCGAUCAGCUCAUUAAGUAUGAUAAUUGGUUUCCACAACGUGGAAUCUCUAUGUGGUUCUGCCGUGUCAAUGGUUUUUCAGCGAGUUUCCCGCUAAAUCCCAGUUUGAAUUAUAUGAAAGAUUGGAAAGGAAUUGCGAUGUGUGCUGCUUUCACAGUCCGCAGAGACCACUCUCGUAUACAUGACAAUUUGGACAAGGAAAAAUUUGAUCGUGUUGAAUGCUAUUUAUCACGUACGGGCACAAGUUGGGGGAAACGAAUGCGUUUUGACAUCCCUAAGUCUGAAAAUCCUCUUCUUUUGAAACGGCGUGGUUUCAUCUGGUUAUCUUAUACAUCACGUGGAUCAUUUCCAGAUUUUAUCUUGAAUGGAUGCAUUUCCAUGGAAGCCACCUUUCAUAGUACAAGCCAGGACAUAAUGGUGCACAACUGUGGUUACCAACUUGUAUUCCAUGACAAUGUGGAAGGUUUUGUGGAAACGAUAAUGAAAUGUUCAACUACAUCUCAGUCCGAACCAAAAGCUGGAAAAGAGCUCAACAAAAGCAGUCCAAGUACUCGGGUCUGCUUUGUAUUUCAGAGUUUAUUUCUUAUCUUUUCUGUAGUUUCAGUGGUUUUGUUUUGUAAAUAUUGCUUAUCACUAGCAAAAACAAAAUAAUAUCCUGGGAGAUGACCUUGAGCAAAGCCCUGCACAUGGCGAUAAUUAGAUCUGGAUUAACUUCGUUGUAUAAUUUAGAUGUUUUGUAGCCAAUCAUUGAAUGUAAACAGCAAAGCAGGCCCUUCAAGAACGUGUACUAUUAUGAACUUGUCAUCUCUUAUUGGAGGAGCCCAAGCAAUAAGCUUUCCUUCUUGUGAUUCUUCGUUCUAAUUUUGAGAAGCACAAGCCUACGUGUAACGCCUUAUCCUUUUAUGUCCACUAUAUGAUAAUUCCUCAUGAGGUUUCGUUUUUUUAUGAUCA